CUGGGUAGUCCUGGCUUUUUACCUGUGUCGGGCUCAGAUAGCCCGAAGCUAAUAACGUCACCGUUUGGAAAUAACGCUAACGGUUUUACACCGUUAACGUCGGCUGCUGCACAUCACGCUCUUAAUCUGGCUGCAUUUCGUUCGCCCGGUUUUCUCGGUGCUCAUGGGUUUGCAUUUGGUGCAGCACACAUUGAAAAUUAUCGAGAUCACAGUCCUGAACCGUUCAUAGAGCAUCCAUCGCCAACAUCCAUCCACACACUCAACAACAAUAAUAAUCAAAAUCACAGUGCAAAUUCAUUGAGUGCAUUACAACAAAAUUACAGCCCAAAUAGCAAUAGUCCGACCAAUAAGUAUUCAUCGGCACGUAUUAGCUCGCCGACACGUGAUGCCUAUUUGAGUAGUGAUUAUUACCAUAAUAAUAAUACAACAACUGCGUCAGCAAUUAAAGCAGCUAUCGAAAGCCACCAAAAUAACAGUGACUAUAUUUCGUCAAAUGAACGGUUACAUCAUUUAAGUCAUAAGGAUAACGACGCCAACUUAAAUAAUAAUCACAACAGUAAUAGUUCGUUAGCAAAUAUUAAUCGGCGCAUUAAUUUUGAUCGGGCAUCAUCCGAAAGUCCAGAAACCCAACGGUGUGACAGCACACGAUCAUAUCCAACGAGUCAAAAAAGUGACGAAGGCGAUUAUUACAGUCCAACCCAUCCGGGCAGUGUGGGCUCACGAAGUCCGGAAAAUUUAUCCUCUGUCACAGCGACGGCAACGAAAAAAUCAAACAAUAUGUUGGAUCAUCACAAGCUUCCAUUAAGUUUUUUGGGCCCACCAUUGGCCGCUCUACAUUCCAUGACCGAAAUGAAAUCGGCUAACGCCAAUUCAGCUGUAAAUACAUCCAAUGCAAACAGUAUGCAGCAAACUCAAUCUCAGCUCACAUCACACGGCUCAAAUCCACAUGGAAUAGACACAAUUCUAUCUCGACCACCACCAGUUACAACAGCCGGAUUAAAUGCCCUAACUAGCGGAGCGAUGCCACGUUUUUCAAUAGCCGCAGCGGCUGCAAAUAUGGCACAAUAUUUGUCACAAAGUCACAAUGGACAAUUGAAAGGGCACUCAGGUUCGCUAGUUGAUCGGCCGCAUUUAUACUGGCCAGGUUUGCAGGGUCUCGUGACAAAUCCCAUGGCGUGGCGUGAUCGUUUAACUAAUUCCAUGUCAGCCAGCCUUUCGCAACACCAUAGCUCAGAUAAAGAUGGCAAAAAGAAGCACACGAGGCCAACAUUCAGUGGACAACAAAUUUUCGCAUUGGAGAAAACAUUUGAACAGACAAAAUAUUUAGCGGGGCCUGAGCGAGCCAAGCUUGCAUAUGCCCUAGGAAUGACAGAGUCUCAAGUAAAGGUGUGGUUCCAAAAUCGUCGGACUAAAUGGCGAAAAAAGCAUGCAGCCGAAAUGGCAACGGCAAAGCGAAAACAAGAAGAAUUGGGGGAUGGCGAUGGUGAUUGUAGCGAAGCAAUCGAUAGCGAUGCAGAAAGCCUUGAUAUGAGUGACAGUCCGCGAAAACGUUGCCGCAUGGACGACGAUAUGAGGCAUUAAUUUUUUAUUUUAAGAAUCAUAUGAUGUUCGCUCAACUAACCGAGAUAAUGUAAACAGCAGCAAAAACAAAAUUUAAAUAUGAAUUGGUAUAUUGGCAAUAACAGAAUGAAAAAUAAUGAGAGAAUAAAAAAUAAAAUCACCACAGAUAAUAUUUAUUAGAUUAAUAGAUUUGUAAUUUAAAAUUAAGAUAAAACAAAAAACAAAACAAAAUAACCAACAUUAAUCGGUGGAUAAACAAACGGUACUUAGUUUUAGAAAAUAAUGUGAACAAAUUAGCUUCUAGGCAAAACAAAAAAAAAUAACGAAUUUAUUUUCAAGAAGAACUUAAGAAAAUUGCGAAAAUUGUCAGUGUGUAAAUUCGACAAGUCAAAGUUAAAUGUAAUUGUAUUUAAAUAAUUUAAACGUUGAAUCAUGGUCUUAUUGAGAUUAACUUAGGCCCAAAAAAUGGUAACCUUGCAUCAUAGUAAUAUUUUUCUCUUUUUCCAUUCGUUUUUUUUUUAUUAAAAUUUAAUUUUGAUCAUAAUUCAAUGGAACAUUUUUGAAAAUGUGCACAUAAGCAAU